CUCCGCGAUUUGUAUAACUGCCAGCAGCUUGGUUAUCUCAAGUUUCAACUUUUCAAAGGUUAAAUUUCUCUCAGGAAUAGCCAGUCGCAAAUGUCGAACGCGAUAAAGGACCUGGUGGCUGGAACGGCUGGAGGAAUAGCUCAGGUCCUUGUCGGACAACCCUUCGACAUCGUGAAAGUGCGCAUGCAAACCUCGGCAAAGGGCACUUACACCGGCAUGCUGCAUUGCGCUGGCGGUAUCUUGAAAAACGAAGGGCCUCUGGCAUUCUAUAAGGGCACGUUGACACCUUUGCUGGGAAUUGGUGUCUGCGUAUCAAUACAAUUUGGAGUACUCGAGUAUGCAAAACGGAUAUUCACGGCUCAGAAUCUAGCUAGAGGUGAAGGCGGAGUAGAAGGAAAGAUGCUUGGUGGAGGCCAGCUCGUUAUCGCUGGAGUAGCGGCAGGGCUUGCUAACGGCAUAGUAUCUGGUCCAGUGGAACACAUUCGCAUUCGUCUGCAGACGCAAUCAAAUACGAACCCAAUAUAUAAAGGUCCAUUUAACGCAAUGAAGAAAAUUGCCUCACAACACGGCAUCGCCGGAAUAUUUAAAGGACAAGGUGUCACAUUCCUACGUGAAGCCACAGGCUACGGCGUCUACUUUUUGGCGUACGAAAAGCUUGUACAACGUGAAAUGACCCAGAAGGGCAUACGACGGGACCAGAUUAACCCUAUGAACUCCGUUCUGUACGGUGCGACAGCUGGAUACGCCCUUUGGGCAGUGAUAUACCCUAUAGACAUGAUCAAAUCUAGAAUGCAAACUGACGGAUUUAGUCCUUCUACUGGACAAAAAUACACUUCAGCACGGGAUUGCGUGAGGAAGGUUUGGAGGACCGAGGGAAUCGGUGCAUUUACACGUGGUCUGGGGCCCACUUUAAUUCGUUCACCAUUUGCAAAUGGGGCAACAUUCCUUGGAUUUGAGAUGGCUAGUAGACUGCUGUAUUCAUAAUUCUCAAGGAUACUUGCCCUUCCCUUAAAAUGACGGAAUGUCAAUACGAAACACUCCGCUCAACGCCGGCAGUGGACCGAUCCACUUAUAUCCUCGCUGUUGGGUCACACUAGAUCAGUAAUGUGUGCAAGGACGAGUUUCCCUGUGUCCAUAUCUGCUAUGAUGUAGCACACGGAUAAAAAUUAAUUCAUGAUCACUCCGGCCGAU